AUGAAGAGUCCUUAUCCCCUGUGGCUUGCUGGUGAAGAGCGACCCGGCGAAGAAGCUUUAAUUCCUAUCGAGGAUCCUUCCACAGGCGAAGAAUUUGCUCAAUGUCAUGCAGCCUCAGUUAAAGACGUCGACAUCUCAGUCCAGACCGCCCAUUCAGCAUACAAGUCCGGUAUUUGGUCCCGGGCAAGCCGGCAUGAACGUGCAGAUGUCCUUGAGAAAUGUUCCGAACUACUCUCUGAAUCCCUGCCGGAACUCGUCGCGCUUGAAGUAAAGCAGACAGGUCGCGCGGUUCGCGAGAUGAACGCGCAAGUUCCGUCUCUCAUCAAAUGGUUCAAAUAUUACGCCUCCCUUCUUCGUGUUGAGGAGCGAUCAGUUCUUCCAACAACCGGAAAAUUACAUAACUUUGUCGAUCGCGUCCCUUUGGGCGUAGUCGUUCAAAUUACGCCGUUCAAUCAUCCUCUACUUAUUGCAGUGAAGAAGCUUACCCCGGCCCUCGCGGCUGGCAACAGCGUUAUUCUGAAGCCUAGUGAAUUGACGCCCCUUACAUCCCUGCUUUUGGCAAAGAUUCUUCACCGCGCAGGCAUUCCGGCCGGCGUGCUGAGUGUCUUACCUGGCUAUGGUAUGACUACCGGAAAGGCUCUUGUUUCACAUCCCCUAGUACGGAAGGUCGACAUCACCGGGGGCACUGUAGCCGGAAAGGCAAUUGGGUCGAUCGUUGGUGGAAAUUUGUCCAAAUACACAGCAGAGCUAGGUGGCAAGGCACCUUUGAUAGUGUUUGAAAAGGCGGAGAUCGACACUGCUGUGAAUGGAAUUGCUUUCGGAAGCUAUAUGGCCAGUGGUCAGACUUGCAUUGCGAGCACAAGGAUCAUUGUGGCUAACCAGAUCAUGGAUCAGGUGGUCCAAAAGCUGAAAGUAAAGGUCGAGGGGAUCACAACGCGCAUGGGAGCUCCGUAUAAUCCCGCAUCAAUGAUGGGGCCGUUGAUAUCGAAGAGGCAGCUGGAGAAUGUCGAAAGGCUAGUGGAUGCGUCUUUGGCAGAGUCUGCGGUCGCCAUCAUGGGAGCUAAACGGAUGCUCGGUCAGAGUUCACUAGAUGGAUUUGAUUUUUCAAAGGGAUAUUUCUAUGAGCCAACCAUUCUUGUAUCGUCAACGGGCAACACCGUCGUCACCUCUCCCAUCUGGCGCCAAGAAGUAUUUGGUCCAGUGAUCAUUGUUGUAGGCUUUGAUACCGAAGAGGAAGCCGUUGCACUAGCAAAUGAUACCGAGUUCGGCCUUGGAGCGGGGAUUUGGACGGAAGAUCUUUCGCAAGCAUUCCGAGUCUCGGAACGGAUUGAAGCAGGAAUCGUGUGGGUAAAUACCCAUCAUCGGAAUGACCCCAGUAGUCCCUGGGGAGGUGUUAAGGCGGCAAGUGGCGUUGGGAGUGAGAAUGGCAUUGAUGCUUAUCAUGCUUACUCCAUGAUGAAAAGCACCAUUGUCAAUUUUGCGACGACCGAGGAGAGGCUAGCCCAGGAUGACUGGUUUGCGGAAGGAUCGAAGAACGUCAGAUACGGAUAA